AUGAAUGCAAAUGUGAAGCUGCUAUGUGGGGCCUCACCGCCCGCCAUCCAUGAUCUAGAUUCCUCUUUGUUUCUGGAUAAUGCUACGUCUAACCUGUCGCCCCCUCCCUUGGGUGCCCGGCUUGACCCAGCCGGAAAGUUGGAAGAGGAAACCUUGCGGUGGUACUCGCCAGAUCUCUUUUACCCAGUGAAAAUCGGUGACGUCUUUCGUUCAAGAUACCAAGUGGUCGGAAUAUUAGGCUACGGGGGAUACUCAACAGUAUGGCUGUGUAGAGACUUACAGCAGCAUGCUUACGUUGCAUUGAGAAUAUUUGAGCAUGAUUCUGGCCAUGGUAAAAGAGAGACAGAGAUAUACAAUCAUCUUACAACACUUAAUUCAAGUCACACGGGGUCUUUUCUCGUUCGAAGCGCGCUAGAUGACUUUCAACUCAAAUCUGCUGAUAACUCUUAUCAGUGUCUUGUACAUAUACCUUUGGCUAUGAGUCUAUUCGAACUACGUAAUCGAACGGUAGCAAAAGUUCUCCCGGAGAACUUACUUAAACCAACUCUGAUUCAUAUUCUCCUAGCUCUCGACUUCCUUCAUACAGAGGCUGGAAUUAUCCAUACAGAUAUACAAGGAAAGAAUAUCAUGCUUAGUGUAGAAGAUGAGUCAAUUCUGCUUGAUUUUGAGGAGACGGAGAGAUGUAAUCCCAGCCCCUGCAAAGUUAUUGGGGACCGGGCAAUCUAUUCUUCGCGAAAACUCGGAAUUCCCAAGGUACACGGCCGUCCUGUAUUAUCGGAUUUCGGGGAGGCACGGUUUCGCUCGCAAGUAGGUACUCGGUGGGAGGAUACACAACCAUUGAUUUACCGAGCCUUGGAAGUUUUAUCCCGGAUAUCAUGGAAUGAGAAGAUCGAUAUCUGGAAUCUUGGAGUUCUCGGGCAUCUUUUCUAUGCCCGAGAUUCUGAGAAGAACAACUCAGACACCCAUCACCUUGUAGAGAUGAUCGCAGUCCUUGGGCCACCGCCCAAAGAUAUGCUUCAAAAAAGCAAUUAUGCAAUGAAGUUUUUCGAUAUUGACGCCCUAGAGAAACUGGAGGAUAAUCUACAAGGUCCACAACAAGAUCUCUUUUUCUGUUUUAUGCGCUAA